AUGGUGACAGAAACCUUUAAAUGGGAAACUUCGAUUGAGAAUUAUGGACUUAGUCAUUGGAAGCAACAGAAUAUAACAAUGGAAAAGAGUCUACCUGUAUUCUAUGGAAACUUUUGGGAUAAAGAAAGUAAAGAGAUUCGUGUAAACAAGCCCGAGUGUGAGUGCCUGCCCGGCUGGGCGGGGCCGGGAUGCGCCACGCCCACUCCGCCCGUGGCCCUGGGAGCCGCGUCGUACGUCAAGGUGGCGCUCUCGUUCACGCCCUCGCCCUGGUCGGUGGGCGUGCAGCUGCGGGUGAGAACGCACGGCGCCCGCGACGGCCUCCUGCUGCUCCUGGCCGCCCACCCCGCCACGCGCCCUCACGCUGCAGACAUCCAGAGCCUCGGGCAGGGUCUCAGCAGGCGCCUGAGCUGGAUUCCCGACGGAUUCCCCUCAGUCUCGCCUCGCUCUCCUCCCGGAGUUCUGAAGGCCUUCCUGUGGCUUCUGAAACGACCGACAGAUAUCACUGAUAAGAUUGUAAGAGAAGCCUCUUUACCGACACUAUCUCUGGUCCCUCUCACGCCCACAGCUGCGCGCGGGCGUGGUGUGCGCGUCUGUUCCGGCGCGGGGGUGGGCGGGGCGGCGGCGGAGGCGUGCGUGGAUGGGCGUCCUCUCGGCGACGGCGAGUGGCACACCGUCAGCGCCGAGCGCCACGCCCACAACCUGCUGGUGGGCGUGGACGACGGGGACGCCUGGAGGAGCAACGCGUCGCUGAUCACCCUGGAGGAGGCGGAAGGCGGGCCCGGCCGGAGGAGGCCGCCCGCGCUGGACGUGGACAAGCAGGAGGGCGUGGUGGUGGGCGGCCUGCCGGUCUUCGAGGAGGCGGGACUCGUCAGCGUGCGGGCGGACCUGCGGGAAGCCUGUGUGGCCGACAUCCGCGUGUGUGGCCGCCCACUGCCGGUCCCGCCCGCGUCCAACAGCAGCACGUGGGGCCAGGUGACGAUGGCUGAGGGCGUGCACGGAGACUGCGCUGCCGUCGACGCCUGCGCCAACACCACCUGCGCUGCGCCACUCACCUGCGCGACCACCUGGGGGAAGCCGACCUGUAGCUGCGGCCCGGGACAACACCUAGCAGAACGUACCUGCAUCGACAUAGACGAGUGCACGUGGGGGCCCUGCUUGCACGGGGGCACGUGCUACAACACACAGCCUGGCUUCACGUGCGAGUGCGCCCCUGCCUACACGGGUCAGCACUGUCAGUGGGCGCUCGCUGACAGACAGACUGACGUGCUCGCGGCUCCUGCGGCCAUCGUGGGGCUGACGGUCUCCUGCCUCGUCCUAGUGGUGCUGUGCCUGCUCCUCUCCCUCCGCUGCCGACGCCUCCUCACCUCCAGGCUGCUGCAGAAGAGGCGGGAGGCGGCGGCGAGGGCGGCGAAGGGCGGCGGCGGCGGCGGGGGGGCGGCGUGCAAGGCCAGGGUGAUUUCGGACAUCACGGGCGAGGCGCUGGCUGACGAAGGGGGUACGGCGAUGGGCGUGCUCAGCUGCGAGGAGGCGUCGGGGGAGGAGGGGUGGGCGGGGGGAGGGGAGGGGGAGUGGGCGGAGGAGGGGCAGCGCGGGGGGGAAGGAGGAGAGCCCCCCCAGCAAGGGGUGCGAACGGGUGAGGUUUCGGCUCCCGCACGUCACGCUGGGCGAGAGAGAAGUACAAUCGACCUCCCUUACAUCCGAGGUCAAAGCCGGAGGUCACGGCGAGGUCACCACGACCCCGGCGACCACCUCUUCGCCUCGCCUGGUCCGGACGGGGCUGAGGCACGACCCCCUGGUGCCCAACGACGACCUUCGCGCCUAUGCCUACGAGGGGGACGGGUCGUCUUCGGGCUCGCUCACCUCCACCAUCUCCCGUCUGCCUUCGCUUGGAAGACUCUGACGAGGGCGACAUCAGGCCCCUUGUCCCCGAGUUCUUCGAAGUGAUGGACCUCUUGAGAAACCUCCCGGAGGCCACCAGCACCUUAAAACAGCGUCGGAAGCCUCCCUCCCCCGUGGCUGAGACUCGACCGACAGACACCACGAUAAUAACAACAACAACAACAACAACAACAAUAGUCUCCGCCCUUCCCUCGGGCGAGACGACGAGAGGGUCCUCCGGGUCGUGUAGUUCGGGGUCUCCUGCGAGCACCGUGGUGGAGAACGAGCUCAGCACACUCUGCUGAGGCUCGUGCGUCUGGGAGGCAGGAGAUCCGAGGAACAAGAAAUAAGGAAGAACCUCGUUAUUUUAGAAGAACAUUCGUAUGAAAUAUUAAACAAACAAACAAACAAAAUGUUGAUUUGCUUCUUCUUCUAUGAUCUUUUCACAAAACUCAGAUGGGGUGAGAAGGAAUUUUGUACACACCGAAAACAGCACUUACUUGCAGGACACAUUCAAAACGCUUUUUUUAAAAGGGACACUUUGGGUUUAUGCAACAAUAUGAGGCAAUGCUCGACCAAGCCAAAUACCGUGUUGCGAUGUUGUAAUACUGUGCACAUCCCUAUAUUCUUCAAUGCAGUGUAAUAUUACCACGAGACGGUUUGUACGUAAAAGCUUGCCAGAAAAUUACAACAGAAGCUGGAGGACACGGUCAGGUGACGGCUAUUCUGGCUUCGAUUUAUUUACUGAUGCCUUUGAUAAUGACUAUCUAAAUGUGAUUCUUUUCCUCGUUGUCCAAUAUUUACGUAUGGAAAAAAAAGAUGAUUAAAUAAAACGUAAGCACAGUGCUUCAAAGUA